AUGGCUGGUAAGAAGUUACCUCAAUUAUUCAACUAUGGCUUAUUUCUGCCACCGUGCGAUGGUCGUGCUGGCAAAUUCCUGCUGGAAGACCGUCCGAUACGUGAAUAUCCAUUUCAUGAUUGUGUCCCUUAUCUCGAGCUCAAAUACAAAAAGCGGGUUUACAAAAUGUUGAACAUUGACGAAAAGCAGUUGGAAAAAUUACAUACUAAGUCAAAUUUAAAAAAAUUCAUGAAUCACAUUGCUCUUGGACAGCUAAAAAAGGUGGAAGAAAUGUGCAGUGCGGGAUUUGAUCCUAAUUUUCAUGAUAAUGAAGGAAAGACACCGUUGACAAUGGUGUGCUCAUUACCGCACAAUGAAAGUUUUAUUAAAACGCUGGUAGAACAUGGAGCUCAUGUUGAUUUCCGAAACAGCGAUGGACAGACAGCAAUGCAUAAAGCAGCCUACUGGUCCUUGGCAGAAAAUGUGAACUGCCUGUUAGAACUUGGCGCAUCACCAAACUAUCGUGAUCCACUUGGCUUGACACCACUCUAUUACAAUAUGCUGCAAAGUAGUUCGAAGUCAUCAGUGGCUCAAAUGUUAUUAUAUAAUUAUUCAGAUAUUACUGUAACUGAUUUGGAUGGAAAUCAUGAAAUACAUCAGGCAUGCAAAAAUGGUUUGGUGCAGCAUGUUGAUUAUCUGAUAUACUAUGGAGCUGAAAUUAAUGCACAGAAUAUCAAUGGGAAUACUCCGCUUCACGUUUGCGCCAUCCAUAAUAAACCAAAUUGCGCACGUUUAUUAUUAUUUCGUGGUGCUAAUCCGACAAUUGUCAAUAAGCAAAGCCAAACAGCAUUGGAUGUAGCACAGAUUCUUGGUUCGCAUGAAAUAACGAAAGUUAUUUUGAACCACGAUCCUGUGUCCACUGUACCGUACAACAUAAAGCCGACUUUCAAUCCUAGAAGGCGUUCAUCAAUGUUACCAUCCAGUCAACGAUCCUCAAGUCAGGCAUCACUUUGUAGCAGUGAAUAUCGAUCUAUGAUACCAGCUAGUCCAACACCAAGUCACAUAUCAAUAUCCAGUCAUAAAACAUGCCCAGGAGAUGUUGGUGGUGGAUACAGUACCAUGCGACGAUAUCCAGCUUAUCCAUUGCUCAACAUGAAUGGUUUUGAAGUGAACAUACCACGUACCGUUGUAAUACCACGAGAUGGUAAGGGAGGUUUUGGAUUCGUUUUACGCGGUGCUACAAAAGCUGGGAAUUUCACUCCAACAUUGUGUAAUCCAGCAUUGCAAAAAUUCGAAGGAAUUGAUCUGCAGGGAAUGGCCAUGAAAGCUGGUCUAAGGCCCGGUGAUUUCUUGCUUCAGGUAAACGAUAUUGAUGUGCACAGAACACCGCAUGAUCAAGUUCACAAAUUAAUACAAUCAUCAGGAGAUACUGUGACAUUAAAGGUGAUUACUGUUGAUCCUGGUUCAUUCAAUUUUCGGCCCGUUCAUACGAUGCCGAUGAAUAUUUCUCGCACAGUUCGAGAAUAUCGUCCACCAACAUUGUCACAGCACAAAGCGGACAUCAGCUAUUCAUUGCCACACCGAAAUCGUCGUCUUACAAAUUUUCGCUUUAACGGUAACAAAGGUGAUAUGUACGGCUAUGGUAAUAGUAUGUUACCUAUACACUCUGCUAAAUCGGUAGAAGCAUUAAAUCAUGGCAAUUAUGAGCGCUUUGCAUCUGUAAAGCAACGAAUCAAUGGUUCGAAACGUAUUUCAAUGGAAGAAUUGGAACGACUGAUGGAACGACAAGGACAGGGCACUUCACAAUUUCAACCAAUUCCCAUACACGAGGAUUCACUACCAAACGGAAAUGGUCUGAAGUUUAGUUCGGUGAAUGAUCUAAAGCGCUAUAAAAAAGGUGGUUUGCACCGAACCACUUUACCGCCAAUAACUGCUAAUGAGCAUUGCGCUCCUUCAAUAAUGCAAAGCUUUAAUUCUUCACCAGAUUUGCCUCGAUCAGUGGAUGAUGAACCGUCUUCGCUGACUUCAUUUAAUAGACAGGUCACAUCAGACUAUUCACGACCUUUUAAGCCCAUCGACCGACCCAAAACACCACCACCUCCACCACCUCCACCGUUAUUUGAUAACUUCACAACAUCAUCCUCGAGUGGAAGUAAUACUUUGAUGAAUAGUAUACCUCCGACAGUAACACCGUCCAACGUGAGCGCUUCACGUGCAGAAGCACUAGCAGCUUCACUUGGAAUCGAAACAGUUCCCUCACCUUCACCUCCACCACCACCACCACCACCCCCUCCACCACUUCCACCUCCACUACCACCAUCCAUGCCUCUAUCCGCUGGGACAGCAACAGUGAAAUCUGUGUCUUUUAAAAAUGAUGCUAAACAUGGUGAUUCUGAAUCGAAGGAAACGGGAACCCCUGCUAUCAGUUCUCCAACGAUUAGCAAUGAAGUGUUAUCAACGGUAAAACUGAAACCUACCAUACGACGUGAACCAGCUAACUAUUGCGCAACCAUACCACGUGGAUUUGAUUCUGAUCUACGUAAUGCACUAGCAAAAAGGAGAGGCAAGGCAGGCUUUUAUGCAAUAAAUCAUGAAAAUACUUCUAUUUUCAGCUACGGUGGAUUAAGUUUGUCUGAAUCAGUUCGACAAAACGUACCAAGUUCAACAAAAUGGAAAGUUGGAAAGUCAGAGCAUUCUCCAACGAGCAUUGCAUCGAAAAAAGAUAGUGGCUAUACAUCGUCGCGUACUUCGCUUGAACCAUCAGAAUGUGGUGAAGAUACGGGAUCAGUAGGUGGUGCUACCGUAAUAACGAUACCGGGAUCUGUGAAACCAACCACUAAUGUAUCUGUUACCAGUUCGACAUGUCAUGUUUCAUUAAUUAGUAAUCAAUUUGAGGAAAACUGUAGCUCAACGUAUACCAGAAGAAGCAGUUGUUUACAGCAAGUAGCACCACCACCACCACCUUCGUUGCCACCUCCACCUGUUCAACAGCGACCGCAAGCUGUCAGUGAUCAUGAUUCGAUGAGCUUGAACUCCACGCUGUCGACGUUGAGCGGACAGUCAUUAUCGGAUCGUCAACAACGGGCAUCGUCUAUUACUCUCCUGUCCUCUCACAACAAAUCCUCAGUAAGUUCACCGACUAAUUGCAACGAUGAUGAACCGGACAGCGGUACCGGAGAUUCCGAUAACGAGCCUACGGCUGAAUCCAGUAAUCACGCAAAUUCAUCUAUAAGUAACAAUUUUGUCGAUAAACAAGUGGCAAACUGGACAACUGAUGAUAUUGUUGCAUGGUUAAAAACAUUGGGUCUUUCGGAACAUUCCCGGAAAUUUCAGCAAUUUCAAAUUAGCGGCGCCCAUUUGUUGUCUUUUGAUCGAUCGUUGUUAACGCAACUCGGUGUCACACGCAUCGGUCAUCGACAAUUGAUUGAACGGUCAUUGAAAAGUUUGAUGGAGCAACAAAUAUAA